GUCGAUCGACGCAACUUCAGCUUCAGCGCUCAGCACUCAGCUUCCAUCCUCCACAACACAGAUAUCUCACAGAAUGGCCUCAAAGAACGCCGACCACCGGAUUGUUCCAACGGACAAAGAUGGCUCGUUUAAGCGGCCGGAUUCGGCGUUCCGGAACUGGAUCGAGAAAGGGGGAAAGUUCGAACCUAAGAAAGGACGCUAUCAUCUAUACGUCGCCUACUCUUGCCCAUGGGCGACGCGAACUCUGAUCGUGCGCAAGUUGAAAGGCCUUGAGGACUUUAUUUCUGUCGACGUCGUGUCACCAGGUAUUACCCCAGAAGGCUGGGUGUUUGCCAACGUGCACGACUUUCCGGGCGCAACACGCGACAGCAUACAUGGUGACGAAGUGACGCAUCUCAGGCAACUAUACUUCAAAGCCGAUCCCAACUAUGCGGGCAGGUAUACCGUGCCAACUCUUUGGGACAAGGAACUUGAGACAAUUGUCAGCAACGAGAGCGCGGAUAUUAUACGGAUGCUCAACACCGCGUUUAACGACCAAUUGCCGGCAGACAAGGCUGCUAUCGAUAUCUAUCCUGAGGUGUACCGCAACGAGAUUGACGAGAUCAACUCUUGGGUUUACGAUACUGUCAACAACGGGGUAUACAGAUCUGGGUUCGCAACAACGCAAAAGGCAUACGAGGACGCAGUUGUACCCCUCUUCAAGUCGCUUGACAGGCUCGAGAAGAUCCUUGAAGGGAAGGACUAUCUCGUCGGUGAUCGUUUGACCGAAGCAGACAUCCGGCUUUGGGUCACCAUUAUCCGCUUCGACCCCGUCUACUUCUCCCAUUUCAAGUGCAACAUACGCGACAUUCGGCAUGACUACCCAAACCUGAACCGCUGGUUGAAGAACUUGUACUGGAACAAUUCCGCGUUCAAAGAAAGCACAUUCCCUGAGCAUAUCAAGGCGGGUUACUAUUCUGGAGUUAAGAUCAAUCCAACUGGGAUCGUCCCUGUUGGUCCGAACCCCUUCAUAGAGCCGCUGUGAGGCAUAGCUGCUGCCUGCGUGGUGGAGAUCUAGUACUGCCAUCCACUCAUCCUGUAUUUCCUACAAUCAAUAAUAUUGGAACGAAUAGCCUGUCAUCAGUCCCCGAUGCAAGCUGCCAGUCAUACUACGGUUGCGUUGAUUGUGGUUGACAAAGACAUCAAAUCUUAGUCCGUAGCCUCACGUAUCAAUCUGUCGUAGACCAGUCAAGUUACUCUCGAAAAUCGCGCCUCAGUUUCUCAGCCGUUCGUCUGCAACUCGCGGCAACUCAACCACCCCUAUGUAUUCCGAUCGUCUCAAAAACUUGCCGCGCAGGAUUUCACAGACCCAUACCUAGGCGACGUCCUACUCGUGACCUUCCUCUCGUGCUAAUCCGUUUUGUCCAUUCGCUCAUCACCUGACGUCAUGUAAGCCCCUGUUUAUGUUGAGGCGACCUGAUAUUUAACCAUACCGCCCUCGAGUUGGAGUGCUAGACAUCACUCAACUCGCCAAUCAUGAAGAAAGGCUCCAAACCUCUCGAACCUAUCGUGAAACAUGAGACGUUUUACUUUACCAAUGUCUCCUUUCUGGUAUGUGCAAGCGCUGUCCCACGAACGAUAUGACGGCGACCAGAGUCCACUGAUUCUGCUCACGGA